AUGCAGUCAGCUGAUGAGAAAAGUUACACUACUCUGCUGAGCAAAAACAUCAGCCCAUCAGAUUUGGUGCUGAUACCUGUGGAGAGCCUGAUGUUCUGGAUCAAUGCCGGUCACGGGGACAGAGUGACGGUAGAGCAGUCCUGGAUGGACGCGUCAGAAAGAAGCACUCUGGCAGUGCUCACCGCUCAGUCGGCCCACAGCCUCACUGCUGACGUGGCUGCCAGGAGGCUCUACUGGAUCAGCGAUGUCAAGAAGUCUAUAGAGACGGUGAAGGUGGACGGGACAGGACGGUACUCCUUCACAGGCCUGUUCAACAAGAAGCCCCCGCUCGGCCUGGCUGUGUUUGAAGAUUAUUUAUACUGGGUGGAUGACAAAGGACUGUGGCAGGUUCCACAGGACCAACCAAAUGAGAAGCAAUUCAUCUGGAAAAACAAUCUGCCAAUGAUGGCCGUUUACCAUGAGCUACAGCAGCCUCAAGACUCGAUGUCGGCUCUGCCAGCUCACCAAAGGCAGCCCCAGUGGAUUCACCUGCACUUGUCCAAACUCCAAAAUGCUAAUGCUGGAUGA